AUGACAUUUGCCAACAAAGAAGCCAGUAUGUCGAUUUCAGAGCGCAACAGUUGUGGCUUUAAGCACUGCGCAUUCUGUGGAGACAGCCUCAAGAAUACGUUAGUUACAGUUGUGUUUAAUGCGCCAUCCGAGUCGGUACCCAAACUAAUACCGUUACGAUGGCGAUUCUUAUCCAAUAAAGCUCCUUUGCCCAAGUACAUAUGUGUGGCUUGUAAGGAAAAGCGUCUAGUGUCUCAGAAAUGCGAGCAGUCUGUGGGUCUCGAUAUAGCGUGGGAUGAAGCUCACGCACCUUCUGAGCCUUCAGAUAAGGCAAUAAAGCUCGAACAUCUUGAACGGCACGAUCAGAAUCGUCAGCAGCGACAAAACAAACAAAAGCAGCACCAGGAACAAGUCGUCGUUAAACUUCUUGCAAAUCAAUGCAGCUCUUUCGAGAAUGUCCCUCUGCAAAAACAAGCGAUCGAUGGACAGCUCAAGUCUCGUCUAUCCGACCAAAUCAAUGACAGGUUAAGUUCGACAGCCGAGUUCCUCGAAACGCAGCAGUUGCUGGAGUUGCCCUAUAACAAUUGCUCGGUCAAGAGAGCAUCAACGAUGACUUUGUCCGGGGCGGAGAAAAUAAGACACGUGGACAUACCACAAGCGGAAUCACAGCAGAAUGAAAGAUCGGAUAAAGAGAGACAGCGUCAACGAAGUGUUUCACAUGCACAAAUGCUACAACGGAUGCGACAGCACUAUACUACUGUGCGGGUGAAUGGGACUUCCGGUUAUUGUGCCACAGCUCCACCGCGUCGAAUUCGUCACGAGCGACGAAAUAUGUCUAUUGCAAGCUGCAAUCAUGAGGAAGAACCGAUCAAAACCGAUACGACUGAUGUAGCGAUCGACCUCGCUUACUUGCGAGUUUACAAGGAUGCCCGAUAA